AUGUACAACGCACGCCUCUCCAUGUCGGACUACUAUUCCGAUGUCCAGACCGCUUCCGGCCCUAUUCAACUCCAGACCGAGCAGUACGAGCAGUACAUGACCGCCGGGCCCGCCAUGCAAGAAGCCGUACCGGCACAGCAGCAGCCGCCAUCGGCGCGACACCGUCCCUCAUCGGGUGCCUGGUCUAAGGAGGAUGACGAGACGCUCAUGAGUGCUCGAGCUUCGGGCCUCAACUGGAGUCAGAUUCAGCAAAAGUACUUCAGCACCAAGUCCCCCAAUGCCUGUCGCAAGCGCCACGAGCGCCUGAUUGAACAGAAAACCGCCGACAACUGGAACAAAACCGACUUCGAGAGGCUCUCGAUGGAAUAUAUGAGGAUGCGAAAGGAAAUCUGGUCUCCUCUUGCCGCCCAGGUUGGCGAGAAGUGGAAUGUCGUCGAGCAAAAGUGCAUGUCAAACGGACUUAAAAACUUGCAAAGUGCCGCAAGGUCCGGCGCGAGGCGGCAACGUCUCGAGACUGGGCACCAAAUUCAAGGGUACGAUGAUGAUAGUGGCAUCAGUGGCAUCGGCCUAACACCAGUUGACGGCCUAGACGCAUCAUACAGCAGUCCCGAGACGACGGCGUCCGCCGGUCACUCUAGCAGCGGCAUCAGCACGUCAUCUGGGUACCAGAUGGGUGCCCACCCCCAGCUCCAAGCUCUCGGCCAUCCCGGGAACCCUUACGGCUAUUCGCACCCCACAGGACCGCAUCACGGUUACACGUCUUCGGUCUCGUCGAAUGGCACCUCUGCGGGGCCGUACGUCCCUAGUGGAUCUCAAUCGCAUUCGAGCGACUCUUCUUACAUGACCCAUGAGCAACAGCUGAGGGCUCAAAGACUCGAGCGCGCAGACAUGGGAGUCGAGCGCUCCAGCAACCGAAAGGCUGGUAGGGGUAAUCGACGAGGAAUGCAAUGA